AUAACUUCAUUACAUCGGGUGAAAUUCACUGUCCACCAACUGGUGAACGUUUUCUCUUAGAUAUUUCUCAAUAUUAUACACCUAUUGACAGAGUUGGAAGACAUCAUCAAGUAAAAGAAGGCAUUGCCGAAGCGGAAGAUGAUACUAUUGACGAUGCAGUCGAUGAUAUGUUAAGUACGGAAGAGAAAAUCAAAAGUGGCAAAGAACUUCAUAUUUGAAUUAUGAUGCCAUACACACCACUUGUGAUCAUGAACUAAUUAACUAACUAACUGAUGAACUCCUAAUCUGUUUGUAGACAGUGCGUGUGUGCAUGUGUACAUAUUGUGUGUUGAUAAAAUACACUAUUUUCUCAAUUA